CAGAACUUGGGCACAGCAGCAGACACAAGAUGGGCUCUAAGUACCCAAGGUCCCUCCGCUGCUGCCUGCCCCUGUGGGCCUUCGGGCUACAGGUGACUUUUAUCCUCCUCUUCUAUUUUCUCAUGGGCCAAGACCCUGUCCAGGCAGAUCACAAGUUCAUGGCGAUCUAUCAAGUCAUCCAGGAUUUGACCCUUGUGGCAGCCUUGGGUUUCGGCUUCCUGUCCUCAUCCUUUCGGAGACACGGCUGGAGCAGUGUGGCCUUCAGCUUCUUCAUGUUGGCCCUUGGGGUACAGGGGACAAUCUUGCUGGACUAUUUCCUGAAUUGGGUCCUCGAUUGGAACAUGAUCAACAAUCCAUCCAGUCCGUUUCUCAGCAUCCAGAGAGCUACCAUAAGCACCUUACCGCUGCUGAUCUCAGCGGGCGCUGUCUUGGGGAAGGUCAACUUGGUGCAGCUGGCCGUGAUGGUGCUGGUGGAAGCCAUGACCUUUGGUGCCAUCAGAGUCGCUGACAAGAAGGUCUUCAGAAUGGAAGACCACACAAUCAUGAUGUACGGGCACGUGUUUGGGGCCUAUUUUGGGCUGACUGUGGCGUGGAGGCUUUCCAGGUUUCUGCCCAGGAGAAGGCAUGAGAACGCCCAGACAGAAAAGGUUCGAAUGACCACGAGCUCCAGUCUGUUUGCCAUGCUGGGCACCCUCUUCUUGUGGAUAUUCUGGCCAAGUAUCAACUCUGCUCUCCUGGAAGGGACAAAGAAAAAGAACGCUGUGUUCAACACCUAUUACGCCCUGGCAGUCAGCACGGUGACGGCCACCUCCAUGUCUGCCCUGAGUCACCCCAAAGGGAAGAUCAACAUGGUUCACAUCCACAACGCAGUGCUGUCUGGGGGUGUGGCUGUCGGUGCCCCGAGUUGCCUGAUUUCUUCUCCUUGGAUUGCCAUGGUGCUGGGCCUCACAGCUGGGUUGAUCUCCAUCUGGGGAGCCAAGUGUCCACAGGUGUGUUUGAGCAACUUGCUGCAGAACCCCAGUGGGAUCCACUACACCUUCGGCUUGCCCGGCCUGCUCGGAGCACUCACCUACUACUGCCUUCAUAUACUAGCCGAGUCCAGGCCCUCCGAUCUCUGGAUUGUCACCCAAACGAUCACUGACAUCGGGGCUCUGAGCUUUGCUAUGGCGAUGGGAAUGGUGACUGGACUGCUGACAGGUUGUCUCCUAAGUGUCAAAGUGUGGAGGGCUCCCCAUGCAGUCAAGUACUUUGAUGAUCAGGCUUUCUGGGAGUUCCCUCACUUGGCUGUCGAAUUUUAAGCAAAACCAUCUGAGAACGAGGCUGAGCAAGGAGAGCCCUUCCUUCACCUUCCAUUGUCUGCAUCAUGUGUUACAAGAAAGGCUUCCGAGUGAUGGUCGAAGUUUAAAUAUGUUCGAUUUCAUGACAGAUACGAUCAAUACUUUUGGCUGAAGACACCUCAUUAAAGUUCUGGUCUAAUUCUAUGCA